AGGCGGGAGCUGGCGCAGGGAGGAAGCGGAAGAAGGGAGCGAACGUGGGUCGGGUCGGGUCGGGUCUGGCCUGGCCAUGGACGCGGCGGCGCUAGAGCUGGACGCGGUGAAGUUCGCCCAGCUGGCGGUGCAGAGAGACCAGGGCGGGCGCUACCAGGAGGCGGCCUUUUACUACAAGGAAGCUGCCCAAGCCUUGAUUUAUGCUGGAAUGGCAGGCUCAAACUUUGAAAAUAUUCAAGAGAAGAUAAAUGAGUACUUGGAGAGAGUUCAAGCUCUGUAUUCAGCAGUUCAAUCACAGAACACCGACCCUUUGAAGUCAAAACAGCAAUUGGACCUGGAGCGUGCCCAUUUCCUGGUUACACAGGCUUUCGAUGAAGAUGACAAAGGCAAUGCAGAAGAAGCUAUAGAAUUGUACUCCGAAGCAGUGGAACUCUGUUUGAAAACAGCUAAUGAAACUUCAGAUGCAAUUCUUCAGUCAAAACUCAAACAGCUGGCUAGACAAGCACUGGAUAGAGCGGAGGCACUGAAAGAAUCUACGUCAAAGUCGUCUCAGAAAGACAAACAAACGGCAGCUAAACCGAAUCAGCCAGUCAGAAUGUUCUUUCCUUUGGGACCAGAUUUUUCCUUGAAUGAUAAGCCACAGACUAUCAGAACGGUGCAAGCUAGUGAACCUCAAGGUCAGAGAUACACUGCAGAGGAGAUUGAAGUGCUCAGAAAGACAUCAAAGAUAAAUGGUAUUGAGUAUGUCCCGUUCAUGAGUGUUGACCUGAGGGAGCGUUUUGCCUUUCCAGUGCCAUUUUCAGAUAAAUGUGGCAAGUUACCAUUGUCACCCAAACAAAAGGCAAUGUUUUCCAAGUGGGUGCGGCCAGAUGACCUAACAAAUAACCCUACAAUGAUCUAUACUGUGUCAAGUUUCAGCAUAAAGCAGACAAUAGUAUCGGAUUGUUCUUUUGUGGCAUCACUAGCUAUCAGCGCAGCAUACGAGAGACGGUACAACAAAAAGUUGAUUACAAGCAUAAUUUACCCUCAGAAUAAAAAAGGAGAACCAGAGUAUAAUCCAUGUGGAAAGUACAUGGUGAAACUUCAUAUCAAUGGUGUCCCUAGAAAGGUGAUAAUAGAUGACCAGUUACCUGUAGAUCACAGUGGAGAACUCCUCUGCUCUUAUUCCAACAAUAGAAGUGAAUUGUGGGUGUCCCUGAUAGAAAAAGCUUACAUGAAAGUUAUGGGUGGAUAUGAUUUUCCUGGAUCCAAUUCUAACAUUGAUCUCCAUGCACUGACUGGCUGGAUACCAGAGAGGAUUGCUAUGCACUCAGACAAUCAGGCUUUCAAUAAGGACAGUUCUUUCAGAAUGCUCUAUCAGAGAUUUCACAAAGGCGAUGUCCUUAUCACAACAGCAACCGGAGUGAUGUCUGAAGAGGAAGGAGAGAAAUGGGGUUUAGUUCCAACCCAUGCAUAUGCUGUUUUGGAUAUUAGAGAAUAUAAGGGGCUUCGAUUCCUCCAGUUGAAAAAUCCCUGGAGUCACUUACGCUGGAAAGGAAGAUACAGUGAAAAUGAUGUGAAAAAUUGGACCCCAGGCCUACAAAAAUACUUAAACUUUGAUCCAAGAACAGCUCAAAAAAUAGACAAUGGGAUUUUCUGGAUUGCCUGGGAGGAUCUUUGCCAGUAUUAUGAUGUUAUUUAUUUGAGCUGGAACCCAAGUCUUUUUAAAGAAUCAACAUGUAUUCACAGUACUUGGGAUGCAAAACAAGGCCCAGUGAAAGAUGCUUACAGCCUGGCUAAUAAUCCACAGUACAGACUGGAAGUACAGUGUCCACAAGGUGGAGCUGCUGUCUGGGUUCUGCUCAGCAGACACAUUACAGACAAGGAUGACUUCGCGCGCAAUCGGGAAUUCAUCACAAUGGUCGUGUACAAGACUGAUGGGAAAAAAGUUUACUAUCCAACUGAUCCUGCCCCAUAUAUUGAUGGGAUUCGUAUCAACAGUCCCCACUAUCUGACCAAGAUAGCGCUGACAUCUCCAGGGUCCCAUACGUUUACACUGGUGGUGUCCCAGUAUGAGAAACAGAACACGAUCCACUAUACUCUCAGGGUGUAUUCAGUGUGCAAGUUUACCUUUACCAAGAUCCCUACCCCAUACACCAUCUCCAGACGGGUUAAUGGUCAGUGGAAAGGUCAUAGUGCUGGAGGCUGUGGAAACUUCAGAGAUUCCUACAAAAACAACCCCAUUUACCAAUUUCAGCUGGAGAAGACUGGGCCACUGCUAAUUGAACUAAGAGGACCAAGGCAGUACAGUGUGGGGUUUGAACUUGUCACAGUCUCUACAGUAGGAGAUCCUGGUCCCUCUGGCUUUCAGAAGAAGAGCAGUGGUGACUACAGAUGUGGAUUUUGCUACAUAGAGGUGGAGAAUGUACCAGCUGGAGUUUACAAUAUUAUUCCCAGCACGUUCCUGCCUCAGCAAGAGGGUCCUUUCUUCUUGGACUUUAAUAGCGCUACCCCUCUUAAGACAUCACAACUGCAAUGAGGUGGCAAGUCUCUACAUUACUCUCUAGGGAAGAAGUCAAGAGCUAGAGCAAUGCCAUCUCCUGAAAACACUGGGGAAAUAUAUCCCCCAACCAUUGACACAAGAUGCAUAAAACUGCACUCUACCUGGAAAAAGUAAUAGCCCAAGGCUUGGGCCACCAAUCUCACUGCAUUAGCCACUUCAGCGUUUACUCAUGCUUUUUGCUGUGCAGCCAUUAGGGUGAGAGAACGCUUCAGAACCAUUGAUGGUAAAUUUUUGCGUGAAAUGUUUGAAUGUAAAUCUUAUUAAUCAAUAGCAGGCCUUAGCUUACUGCAGUUUGGCACCUUAUACCUCAUCAAGUUUUGAAUUCUUUCCUCUCCCCCCACACAGGGUAGCUUAGUUCUAACAAUCAUUGCUUAACUUUUACAGUAAACAUUGUAGAGAAAAAGGAAGGGGGCUGUGUGCGUCUAGAGCAGGGGUUCUCAAACUGGGGGUUGGGACCCCUUGGGGGGCAUGAGGCUAUUACAUGGGGGGUCAUGAGCUGUCAGCCUCCACCCCAAACCCUGCUUUGCCUCCAGCAUUUAUAAUGGUGUUAAAGUGUUUUUACUUUAAGGGGGGGAGAGGGGUGUCACACACAGAGGCUUGCUAUGUGAAAGAGGGCACUAGUACAAACGUUUGAGAACCACUGAUUUAGAGCCCACAGAAAUAAUGAAGUAAAAGGCAGCGGGUGCUGUUCUGGAUGUUUAAAAAGCACAGUUGUUUAUACUGCCCCUUACUCGGAUGGUUUUAGGGGGAGAAAGUCAAGUUGUACUCUGAUAAGAGCCACUAAUAGGGAGCACACUGUACAAGCAAUACAACACUCCCGUAUUCUGCUUCAGCGGUUGAAUAGGUUAGCCAGAGGAGCUGUUGAUCAGCUUUAACAAGAAGUUGUCAUUUAAAUACUAGCUAUUUAACUAUCCUUUCUGCAUGAGCAGGGCUGUGUGGAGUUAGGAUGGGAGAGAUAAGAGGCUACUCCCUUUUCUAUAAUAAACCACACAUCUGCAGCACUGGCUUUACACCACCACAGACAGAAGACUGCUUAAGACAGCCUUCAGUUAAAGAAGGAACCUUCUUAAGCUGUAACCAGCCAGGAGACCCUAUAUCUGCAGCUAGGGGUACCAACUGUCCAGGAAUUAAUUUUUAAUUAAAGGUUGUCAUGUGAUGAAACCUCCAGAAAUACAUCCAGCUGAAAUUGGCAAUCCUAGCUACCUACAGCCUUUGACCGUACUUCCACUGGAAUCAAUGGUAAAACAUUGACAUUGUGGGGAGCAAGACUCAAAACAACCAAUCAAACCCACCAGCAACUUUGGGUUGUUUUUCCCCAAGACAGCACCAGUGCAUGAGUUUGGAGAGAUUAAGCAGUAAGAUUCUCCCCCAUUAAAGUUCGCUGCUGCAAAUGCAUCUAGCACCUUAAUAGGCCAGGGAUACUUUGCUUGUUUGGUCUCCUCUGGUUAGACAGCAGCUUUGAGGAGAAAGUAGUUUUGGAAAAAAACAUUAAGAUGUGCCUUUUAAUUGCAGUUUUCUGAAAGACUAUCUGGGUUAGGCAUUACAUCACACUGCAUCCAUGCCAGUAACUAAGUCACUGCUUAUCUUCUUGGCAAGGAAGUUGUAAGAUAAAAAGUUGUACUGUAGGACAGAACCAUUGAUUUAAGAGCUGUCCAGUUGCAGAUGGUGGGGAGAGGAGGGAGAGAGUGUGAGGAAGUAGCCUAUUAUGUUCAACUGCAGGAAGUUGAUCUUUAUGGGCUCUGCAAGAUGGACUCUGCCAGCUUGAAGGAUGGCUCUUUAGAUGCAAAGCUGAAUGUCCCAUUUAAAACAUGUUGUAGGGUAAGGUUUCAGCCCUUCUUGUGCACAUACAACUUCGUAUGUGCAAAGGACUGCAGCUACAGUUUAGGUCACUUACUCCAUUUACAGCAGAGGCAGGCAAACUACAGCCCGGGGGCCACAUCCAGCCAUUCAGACAUUUUAAUCUGGCCCUCAUGCUCCUGCUGGGGAGCAGGGUCUGGGGCUUGCGCAGCUCCUGGAAGCAAUGGCUUUGCAUGUUGCCCCUGCCCCAAGUGCUGCCCCUACAGCUUCCAGUGGCCGGGAACCACAGGGGCAGUGCGCAGACCCACCUGGCCGUCCCUCAGGGUAGGAGCUGGAGAGAGGACAUGCUGCUGCUUCCGGGAGCUGCUUGAGGUAAGCGCUGCCCAGAGCCUGCACCCCUGACCUCCCUCUGAACUGCUUGGUCCCAGCCACGCCCCCUUGCAACUUAACCCCCUUCCCCAGUCCAGAGCCCCUUCCCACACCAACCCGCAAUUUCAUGAGCAUUCAGAGCCUGCCCUACAAUUUCCAUACCCAGAUGUGGCCCUCAGGCCAAAAUGUUUGCACACCCUUGAUUUACAGGCCAGGAACAGCUAAGGGGCCUGAAUUGGGGGUGUUGCUCCACCUGCUGCUGUUUGCACUUCAAAAAACACAUGUUGGCCAAUAUUUUUGUAAAUUACUAGUCCUACCCCUUCAAACCUCUGUGCCAGGCAGGCAGGCAGGUUGUGAAUUUUUUCUUAAUUCCUGGUCAGCAAAAUAGUAAAUUGAUUUGCCCAAAUCACCUGUUACAUCGUCCUCUUUUGGUUAAUACGAUACAGGCAGUCACUUUUUCCCUCUGAUCACCAACAUCAGUAAUUUGACAUGAACAAGCUUGAGUUUCAGCUUCCAUGUACUAGUUCACCGAAUUUAGUAUAGAUUAAAUAAAGGAACAAAAUCUUCAAUCUCUACCUGGAUUACAAGCUGAUAACUGUCCCUGAUGCCAGGGCAAUAUUUGCUACUCAGAAUACAAAAGGGUAGAUAGGCUGUAAAUGCCUGCAGUGGGCCAGUGCUACAAAAACAAAGCAUUACAAUUUGACUAUCCAGAUCCCCAUUAAUAUUUAAGGCUAGGUAUGCAGAAUAUGAAAGUCAGUUAUAUUCUAAAACCCUCUCAAAAUAUUGCAGUCUUGGGGCUCUCUGACCAUUUAGAACCAUUUUAUAUCACGCUACUUCUCUAGGGCACGGAGCACCUUAGCACCAAGAAAUUUUCAGUCACAGAACCUCAGACAGUAGCAUAGGUGCAUGCACUGGCUUUGUGUAUGCUAGCCUUAGCUUUAUGCCACAAGGACUUGCUUUUUACACUUCAUUUAAGGAGUCUCUUCAAAAGAGGAAAAGCAGAUUACCCAACUACUAAUAAAAGCAAUCAGCCUAUUGCAUCUUUUAAUCUAUUUCUAGAGAGAUUUAUCAGAUGUAAACAGGUUAUUGGGAAAUGACUUUAUUGCACAGCCAGGAAAAAAAAACUGCUCAGCUAAAUCUCCCCCCAUCAUUCAGAGAUUCUGAUCAUUAAUAUUAAAAAUAUUUGUAGAUGUUGAGGUAAUCCUUCUGGAAUGCUCCAUUCUAGCACUUAUAGAAGGGAUGGGAGACUGACUUAAAGGGAUAUACAGAUGUCUGUAAAGUUGCUUGCAGUCAGUUUCUUACUACACAAUGAUGGAUCAGACAGUCUGGGCUGGAAUUUGCACAUUGUAAUUUGCUAUUUUGCUAUAUUUCCAACAAACAGUCAAAUAUGAGACUCCUACUUUCUUUCUGUAUGCAACUGUAUCAACUCAAACUUGUUUUAAAGCAUAGAACUAUAAAGAUUCACAUUAGUAUGUACUGCACUUAGCUAGCUGGUGAUUGAAACUACUCUAGUACAGUGCUUCUCAAGCUAUCUGAUGUGGGGGACGGCGAUUUUUUUUCCAAUGUGUGCGCAGACUGGCAGCCGCUGGCUCGCGGACCGGCACCGGUCUGCAGACCACCACUUUGAGUAGCACUGCUCUAGUACAUGACAAAGGUGCUACAGCUAAGGAAUUGUGUGUACAAGGAGCGUAAGUCACCAGAUGCAAACCGAAUGCCCUAGAAAUGUCUUUAAAGAAAAGGAAUGAUACUUACUUUGAUCCUCUAAGAGCAGGAAUAACUGUUUACUGGGUUGCACACAGUAGGAGGAAGGAUACUUUAUAAAGAGCUGUUUUCAGUAUCCUUCAAAAGGAUUUUUGGCAUGUUGUACACUUUCCCCUUCAAUUUAGACACUGUCUGUCUAAACUAGUCUAGACUCUACAUAGUUUGCUAGUGAAUCCUACCUCAGAGCUGCUGAGGACAUCAUGCUUUACCUCCGUAGGGUCCAGACUUGGGCCUUCUGUUUUUAAAAAGCUAUUAGGUUAAUCAUCCUUGCUUGAUCCGUCUGAGUUCAGAAAGACGGACUUAAUGCAUGUAGCUACCUUUCAGGGACUGUACUAGCAGCAUCCAUGUGGUUCUAAAACACAGUAAAGCUGAGAGGCUCCAUUAGAAGUUAGACCUCUCCUGCACAUAGCAAAAUGUUUGAAAUUAACAUUUUUACGCAGUCUGACGAGAUUGUGUAUAUGCAUAUUUUGUACAGCAGAAAUACCUAAGGCUUCUGUACCUGAAGGUGAACAUGCUGCAUACAGAAGAGUUUCAGAAACACAUUAGAACAGCCUCUGAAAAAUGUUAAGAUUAAAAAAAAAAAUACACUGAGUACCAGUGCAUAUUACCGAAAGUAUGAAGAAGCUUAAAAGGUGAGAAGCCAUCAAGUCACCACUCUUUGGUAAAGCUGUUUACAUUGCAUCUCACUUCAAGGCUGCUAACUUGUUACCACACAUGCUUUAAAUGUCAAAGGCUUAUUUUUAUACUUUCAACACCACACUGCCAGCUAGUGUAAUAUUAAAUUAAAGGAUGUUUUGAGCAGUCUAACGAAACGUAACUUGACAGAACUUGCGCCUUUGGUAUUCCAUGGUAAUCUGUUCAUAUCCAUUUGUCGUUAUGUAUUUGAUAUACAGAAUUGGCAUUUAUAAAAACUUUAAAAAUAAAAUGGUCACAGCAAUUA